CUCAUUAAUAUAACCUCAAUUAUGUGUUUUGUUGUUAAAAGUUAGAAGUAAUUAUAAAUAUCAGAUAAAAGUACUAAAACCCAAGAUAAAAACUGUGUAAAUAUCCCUGCUCAUUACUAAUCACGUAAUGAACGUAACUGUAAAAGUUUUGUUCUUUGCAAAAGCAAGAGAAGUUUCUGGAAAAAGAAGUGAAUUUCUGGAAGUGGCAGUACCAAUUACUUGCAAAGAUUUGCUCGAAAAAAUAGUAAAAACAUAUUCCUUGGAGGUAAUAAAGAAUAACGUAAUUAUAUCACUUAACGAAGAGUACCUUGACCUCGACACCACUGUGACAUUGAAACCUGGUGAUGAAAUAGGAAUAAUUCCUCCUUUAAGUGGUGGCUGAUUAGACUAUAAAAAUAUGAAUUAUUUGGAAGUAACUGAGGAAAGACUAUCUGUGGAGUUGAUCUCCAAUUUGGUAAGCUCUAAAUCUUGUGGUGCCAUUUCACUAUUCAUUGGUACAACAAGAGACAAUUUUGAAGGUAAAAAAGUAGUGAAUUUAGAGUAUGAAGUUUAUGAAGCUAUGGCCAUCAAGCGUAUGACAGCUAUAUGUGAGGAAAUUCGUCAGCAUUGGCCUACAGUUGAAGGUAUUGCUAUAUACCAUAGAGUGGGCUCAGUUCCUGUCAAGGAAGCCAGUAUCAUCAUUGCUAUAUCUUCUCCUCACAGAAAAGAAGCAAUUCAGGCCACAGAAUGGUGUAUUGAUGAUGUUAAAAGAUCUGUUCCAAUAUGGAAAAAAGAAGUGUAUGCUGAAGAAGCACCACAAUGGAAAGAAAAUAAAGAAUGUCCUUGGUCUUCCUCUUUUGCCAAAUAAAAAUAAAUGUAUAAAUUACUCCACAAGAGUGGAGAAAAAUAAAUUGAAAU